AUGGAAGAUUCACAGACCUUGACAGUGGCUACUACUUGGAAAUUCGACAAAGAUGCGACUGGCCAUAUUAGAAAGCUCUUUAAGGCAACCGCCGCAGCUGGUGUUGGGUUCUGCAAAUAUGAGCCUGUCAAUAAUGUCUUCAUUAUCCACAAUUGUGACAUUAUUGGAUCUACCUCAGAGAUGAGCAAUCUGGUGGCCAAGUAUAUUGAGGACGAGAAGGAUAACGACCUGAUGGAGAUUCCAAAAAUUUCCCGCCUAGGGCCGCCAAAUGCGCCUUAUGCAAUCACGUAUGAGGACGAUAUAGUUCCGGAAGCAAAGGGUCAACUAAUCGAAUUCUCUCAACUUAGCGAGAGAAGCAAGAUUCCGAUUACCACAAAGUACUGGAAAUCCGGACUUGGGGCCACAGGUGGCUUUGAGAAGUUUCGUUACGCCAUCGACGAAGUUUCCAGGAUUUCUGGAGCAGACAUUGUCUUCGAGGAAUCGAAUGACAGAAUCCGUGUUUCCAGUUUUGUGGAUAGUAGCAUCGUCGAGGACGCUAUGAAUAGGAUUUCUAAUUUGCACUCUUGUCUAUCUCUUUCAAUUACGCCUCAAAUCUCACACAUCUUGAAUGUGUCCCCGGAGACGAAAUACAGUCUAAAGCUCUCCUCCUAUAACGAGUUGAAUAGAGAGGCAGUUUGUCGCAUUCUCGUCGAUCCGGAGAGGAAAGAUAUCGGUCGACUUUCCAAGAUGUUUGUCACUGUGAUAGUGACAAGAACUUCGAAAAGUCAAGACCUGAUGGUCCCUAUCAACCUCAGGAAGCCGCCGCGCCCAACGAAGCUCACCAAAGGGCGGUCCAAACUGUGGGCUGAUUUCAGAUACCAGGGCCUGGGGGACUCGCUAAAUGCUCCUCAGUUUGGAGACAGCGUUCCUGAGGGAGGAAGCUCCGUUCAGCAGAGCCAGUCGAAAAUCAACAUUGAACGGCCAACUGCUCUGGUAGCAGGCGCCCUUGCUGGCAAGCAUCGUUUCCUGACCUGGGAAAAGGCAUCAUUUGUCGGCAACUGGGCCGCGGAAGUUGAGGCCGGAGCAGUCAGGCCAAACGUCCCGGAGCCCAACGGCAUGCCUCCUCCAAACCCUGCUACAGAGCCGGCUCUGCCAAUUCUGCCUCCGGGAAUCAAAAGACGCAAGGCAAUCAUCAUGGGUACAGAAGAUGGUAUUUCCGAACCCAUCGGGCUCUCGAAGCCUUUGUUGUCCACAGAGACCUCAACAAUUGAGCACGGCAAAAGCAUAACAAAAGAAGAUUAUGCAUCCCAACGGGCCCCUCGGCUGCCUGCGAAUUUUAAUUCUUCCACUGAGGACAGUUGUCAGAGAAAGAGUCGGAGACCUAAGCCCAUUGAACAAGAACUAACACAGCUCAUUGAUUUAAAUGAUACUUCGACGUCAUCAGGGCCAAAUACACAUUCAAUAUCAUACCAUCAAGUUCCUCUAGUCCCCAUAAAGGCGAGGAUUGGUUUGACCACGGAAGAAAAUCACUCUGAACAACCAAAAGGGAAUAGAAAUCGCUGCAGACUGGGGCCCGCAGAGGUACCGCUGGCUGGAAACAAUCCUAGAAUCCGCGAGGCUGAGUAUCGUGUUUUCCAUCGGACUAUGGGCCAGAAGACUGGAAAUAAUUCUCGGACGGGAAAGGAUCGCAAAAACAAAGUGGAAAGCCAGGAUAACAUCCUUAAUACUUCAGUCGUCCCUUCGAUGAUCUCAAAAGCAUCAACCCCCUGUUCUUCUAAUCUUUCUAGUAAAUCCUUGCAAUUAAGCGAAUGGAAGAAGGCCCGACAGGCGGACGAAGAUGAAAAACGUGCGGUUACCCUCAACGACUUCCUUCAGCACAUUAGUCGAGUUCUAAAUGGAGUUCGAUGCUUCCCAGGAACAAUUUCGCUUGAAAUUCAGUUCGGCCUAAUACUUGCAAGUCGAUCGCUUAUCGAAGAGUGUAAGGAGGUAAUCUUCGAUACCAAGACCUGGAAUCGCCACUUUCAACCCAAGAAUAACCUCCCAACACCUAGUACAAUAUUCACCAACAUGCUAACAACAUCUGGCGCUGACGUCGAUUUUGUUCUCGACUUACCUGAAAGCCAGGGAGAUUUCUCAUGCCGAAUGUUUUCCGAGGAAGUUGUGAGUCGUCAUGUUUGGUACGAAUUCCACUGUACAACUAAGAACGAUGAGACUUUUGUGGUUAGUAUCGAUGAAUCUGGGACGGCAGUUGUAAACAGACCAGAAUAUGUGUUGGGAACGGUUAAUGUCCACUGCGCAGCGCAAACCUGGGAUAUGAGGGGCGUGGUGAAGGGAACAGUUGAAUACAUUCGAGGAGAUGAGGAGAUAGACCAGGCAAUCCAAAAUCUCAUCGACCAAUUGUAUAUCGAGCCCGACCUGUCCAGAAUCGUAAUUUUCACUCGAAUCCCUGAAGGAGGUCAAUUUCAUAUCAUCAAAGUUCUCACGAAGCGUUCUACUCGCCACCGCUUUCAUAGACAUGAGACAAGGUCCUUACGCAUAAGCACUAAGAGGAAAGCUAUCAUCCACGACCAAACUCCUGCCAUUUUUACUGAUCAAUGCUGCGAAUCUUUUGGUAGUUCCAAUGGCCAAGAGAUGCCUUUAGGGACCCAAGAACCGCUUCUCCAGAUCAUCGAAGUCCAAAAUCUUCUCUUAGCACAUUUUGGUGAUGAUAACACGGUCGUACGUGCGCGAGCAAUAUCAGCUGAUAAUAUGGUAGAUGACCACAGGUUAUGGUAUGAGAUGUCCGUUAUUAACCCAACAAUCGAAGAGAUCUUGCGCUCCAACAAAUAUCUUGACUUCGGCGACACGAACAUUUCCUGGUCCACUUUCAAGCCCCCAGUGAAGAAUGAAAAGCGGUCUGCCAGUGAUACAAACACUGCCAAAAAGUCAGAGAUUCACCCAGCUGUAUUGAACCCCCCGGAACUACCCAUAGCAGAGAUCAGCUCCAAGGACGUGAGCGAAUUGUUCCAAGCUGCGAAUAGAAUUGUUGAAAAGAUCGACGGUGUGGGAUGGGCCAAUUCUGGCCCCGAGGCCCAAGCAGUACUGAAAAUAAAUCAAGCUCUUUCAGCGUCCGUGGCUGCACGAUCAAUGGCUACCGCGGAGGUGCCGGACGGUUAUUGGUAA